AUGCCUCCUCCCUUCUCCCAGUUCGGUUACUGUAGUUUCUUGUUUGCCACUCCCUCCCACCCCGUCAUCGCUUCUCCUCCCCCACCAGCUGUUGCCUCACCCUCCCACCUCGUCAUCGCCUCUCCCUCUCACCCACCUUUCCAUCGUUGCUCCCUCCCACCCCGCCAUCCACUCUCCAUUCCACCCCACCAUCCCCUCUCCCUCCCACUGCGCCGUCGCCUCUCCCUCCCUCCAGCCGUCGCCUCUCCGUUCCUCCCGCCGUCGACUCUCCCUCCCUCCCGCCGUCGCCUCUCCCUCCUCCCCGCCGUCGCCCCUCCUCCUCCCCGCCGUCGCCUCUCCUCCUCCCCGCCGUCGCCUCUCCUCCUCCCCGCCGUCGCCUCUCCUCCUCCCCGCCGUCGCCUCUCCUCCUCCCCGCCGUCGCCUCUCCUUCUCCCCGCCGUCGCCUCUCCUCCUCCCCGCCGUCGCCUCUCCUCCUCCCCGCCGUCGCCUCUCCUCCUCCCUGCCGUCGCCUCUCCUCCUCCCCGCCGUCGCCUCUCCUCCUCCCCGCCGUCGCCUCUCCUCCUCCCCGCCCCUCUUCCCCGCCGUCGCCUCUCCUCCUCCCCGCCGUCGCCUCUCCCUCCUCCUCGCCGUCGCCUCGCCCUCCCAUCCGCCGUCGCCGCUCCCUCCCAUUCGCCGUCGCCGCUCCCUCCUCCCGCCGUCGCCUCUCCCUCCCAUCCCGCCGUCGCCUCACCCUCCCAUCCCGCCGCCGACUCUGUCGACAGAAUGAACGUGUAG